UGGUCAAGGAUUUGAAAAGUACAUAUUUAUUAGUAACAACAAACAAAUUUUAUACCCAGUUUUAAAAUGAAGUACUUUCUAAUAUUGUGUUUAAUUUUAGAUUGUGGGGCCAGAGAGUUACCUAGUUAUAUUAAUGUGUGUAAGUCAAAACAUACAGACAUUACAAAAUGUAUUUUAAAAAAUGUUGAAGAACAAAUAAAGCCAAGAUUACUUAAUGGUGUUCCUGAAAUGGGUAUACCAACUAACAAUCCUUUUUUUGUUAAAUCUAUAGAGGUAAGCUUCGGAAAAACCCUUAGAACAAAAAUAUCCAAUAUAAAAAUAUGGGGAUUAGCUGAAAUGAUAAUUGAUAAUCUGAUAUUCGAUUUAGAUAACGUAUUGCUCGAUAUAAACAUGACAAUACCAGACAUGCGUACAAAAUUUGAAUACAACGUUGAAGGCAAGGUUUUACUUCUAAACUUGGAUUCCACGGGACCUGGACAAAUAAAUAUAACUAAUCUCUUUUCAAUAAUCACAACCAAUGGGACAAAAGAAACAAGACAUGGAAAAUCAUACUAUGUUUUUAAAAAUAUUAACCUAGAUGCAAAAGUUGGUAAUAUGAGCGUCCAACUAGAAAACUUAUUUCCUGGUAAUCCCGAUAUUACAGAAAAUGCAAACAAGCUAUUUAACGAUAAUCAGCUUGCAUUGAUUGAGGAAUUUGCUCCAAUUAUUUAUAAUGUAGUGAAGAACGUAUUAUUGAAUGGACUCAAUAAUAUUUUUACAAAAUUUCCCAUCGAGGUAUUAUUUCCCGACGACUAAGUAUAUUGUAAAUAUUCUGUAAAAAUAAACUAUUAAAAAUUUCUAAAAAAUAUAA